AUGGAUGUUGAGUCACCCGAGUUCCAAGAUUGGGAGUUGCUUCACUCCAACCCGACUUCCCACUCCGAACCCGUAAUUCCAUCCGGUUCAGCCACGAACGGUCUGGAUGAAGUUGGAUCAGAAACAGGCGGUAUGAUUCAACCCAAUUACUUCUCUAUAGACUCCUCUCAAAGCAGGUACAUGACUAACUUCAGUGGAAGUGAAGAGGGCUCUGAAGAAUCGGAUAAUCCUAGUUGGAUUGAGCCUGGUUCGGAAAACCAGUUUAUCACGAAGAAUUACAGUGAAUUCUGGUCGGAUUCCGGCAGUGAUCGGUCCCAAACACGAACAACCGGUGAACGUGAAGGAAUUGAAGAGACAAGAAGUGAAAAUGGAGAAUUUGGGGACUUUGAGGAGGGACAAAAUAGUCAUUUACAAGAUGGUUCAGAAAAGAAGGAAAAUGGAAAUGUUGAAGGUGAAAAGAAGAAAAUGAGCAUAGUGUGGUGGAAGGUGCCAAUAGAACUUUUUAAGUAUUGGGGUUUAAGAGUUGGUCCUGCGUGGACAUUCUCUGUAGCUGCUGCUGUUGCUAUGGGUUUUGUUAUUUUGGGUCGUAGGUUGUUGUAUAAGAUGAAGAAAAAGGCGAAGAAAUUGGAACUGAAAGUAAGUGUGAAUGACAAGAAGAAGGUAUCUCAGUUCAUGAGCCGUUCUGCACGCCUUAACGAAGCAUUCUCUAUUGUGAAGCUGGUUCCUGUUAUUCGACCACAGUUGCCUGCGCCUGGAAUCACUUUGUGGCCUGCCAUGAGUUUGACAUAA